AUGGUGAAAUACUUUUCUGUGGACUGGUUGGCCCAGAGCCAUUGCAACACCACGCCGACUGAGGACCACGGAGCUAGCACAGAUACUGCGCCGUCUUGCAGACCCCACAUUCCCUGCGUGGUGCAGCCGCGUCCCCCGACUUUUGGCAAGAGUUACCUGCAGCCAAAGCCUAAACCAUCUAAGCCUGUUGAACACACGGAGUCAGUGGAGAUCAGCAGGCCUCUGGACUCCAGCCUGUGCUCACCAGUGCAUUCGACAAGCUGCGCCUCACCAAUUUCUGAAAUCAGCGGAUACUCCUCCGGGUAUGAGAGCGAAGCAGCUUCCUCUGAGUGCUUCUCUGUGGACGAGGGAAGCGAGGCGGAGAAAGACGGACCGCAGCGCCGUGUACGCACAAAGUUCACCCCCGAGCAGAUCAACAAACUGGAAAAGAUCUUCAGCAAGCACAAAUACUUGGAUGCAGGAGAGAGAGUGAAGACAGCACAGAAGCUGAACCUCACAGAAACUCAGGUCAGGACCUGGUUUCAGAACAGGAGAAUGAAGCUGAAACGAGAGGUGCAGGACUACCUCGCUCCCCAAGUCCCAUCGGUGAUGUUCCAGCCUCUUCCCCCAGUUCAGUACCACAGCAUGGCCGGACAACGACCCCACUACUCCGCGGCCGGCGCGGCCUUUUACCCGCUCCCCGUGCCGCAUAUGGUCCUCCAGCAACCGAUGGCCCCUCACCACCCUCCUCAUCACAUGAUCCACAAUCCUCCUUUCUACUGA